ACGCAUCUCAAUGCCCACCACUCGAAUCCCAAUUGACGGACUAUGGCGCUGCCUCUGCCCUGCAAUCAAUACAAUAACCUCCGCGCAUCCCAUACCAUCCAGAGCAAUCCCCGGAAAAGCUCCCAUCACUCCCAAUCCCUCCGUCCGUCCGCGAACUCGACGAUUUCAUAGCUCGACUCGACCCCAAGCGUUAUGGGGAGGAGGCUGGGCAAGCAGGCCUGACUUUGCUACCGGUGUUGAAGACAAGUCUCGCACCAUUCCUCCCAGAAAUGAAGAAAGCUACCAUUCCAUCGUUCCCAAAGUGAAAGUUACUAAUCGAGUCGACAAUUACGAAAUCGCAAAGCUUCAUGGAAAACUGCGGCAGCUGUGUACGGAAAUAGGGGCUUAUCAUAGGAUCGCCGAGCUUGUGGAAUUCCUCAUCCGAGAAAAGGGAGAGAAGCCAGCGCUGAUACAUUAUGAUGCUCUUAUAAGGGCGAAUGUGGAUGCGGAAUUUGGGAGCGCGGAGGUGGUGAAAGAUAUUUUAGUUGAGAUGAAGCAGGAGGGGAUUGCUGUGGAUUCUGGGCUUUACCACGGUGUUUUGCAGGUGCUGGCAAUUCAUCCCGAUUACCUGCUCCGCGAACAGAUCAUGCAAGAGAUGAAAGAACGUUGGUUCGGGCUUUCUCCAGAGGGUUGGCAUCAUCUGGUCGUAGGGCUUAUUCGUGACCGGCAAUACGAAGUUGCUAUGGAUAAGCUGGAGCAGAUGCAGUCGGAUGAGAUAAUGGUUCAGCCAUGGCUCUAUGAUGUUUUCAUGUUCCAACUCUGCGAGGCGGAGGAACUGGACGAAGCUUUCAAGCUGCUGCAGUAUAGAUUUCAUACCCAGAGAAGCGGGAUACUACCCAGUGUCUGGUACUAUCUGCUCGACAAAUUCAGCAAUGAUUUCCAUUACGAAGGUACGAAGUUCAUCUGGAAAUGCCGUAUCGAAACGUCAGAUAUGGUGCCUUCAGACGGCAUGUGCCUCUCAACCCUCAACCUGGCAGCCCGCCAUUCCGAUCCCCCUCUCGCUACCAGUUGCAUCAGGAUCUUGUCAAAGAGGCAAUCAGCCCUCUCCCCUUACCACUACGAAGCACUCCUGACCGCCUACGUCGGCGUUCAGGAUCUAAGAACCGCUUUCAGGAUCCUAACCAUCAUGACCAAAGCCGGCGUAUUGCCGGAUAUCAGCACAACUCGCCCCUUAUUCCUCUACCUCACUUCCUCUGAGUCUCUCCCUUUACACGCCUGGUCCAUCUUAACGUCCCUUUGUGAAGCAGGCAAUGUAAUUCCCAUCGCAGCUAUCAACGUCAUCCUCGAAUCUCUAAAUGUCCUUGGAAAAGUGGACGAAGCGAUUUCUGUGUAUAAAAAACUCCAUGAUAUCUGUGAAGAGGGCCCAAACACAGAGACGUUUAACAUCCUGCUUCAAGGAGUAUCGAAACAAAAAGACAAGAAAGACCUGGCCAUGUUCCUUGCAGCCGAGAUGGCGGCGCUCAGGGUCAAAGCCGACAGGCUAACCUAUGACCGUUUGAUCUUGUCGUGUUUGCAAGUAGACGAUUACGAAGACGCAUUCAGGUAUCUCGAGGAGAUGAUUCUAGUUGGACAGGGGCAGGAAGUAGAAGACGGGAAGAAGGGGUGGUGGAUGAGGACCGGAACUGCGCAAGAGUUGGUAAGGAGAUGUGUGGUUUCUAAGGAUGAAAGGGCUUGGGAUCUACUUGAUGAGAUGACAGAGAGAGGGAUGGCGAAUCAUAAGUUGAGGGGUUGGGCGAAUACGCAGUGGGCAGAAUUUACGAGGGAGGCGAAGGCAGCUGUGACAUCUGGUGGGGAUAUAUGAUAUAGAUUGAGGCAUAUGAGAAUACCAUGGUUUCCUCCCCGGCCCCUUGCUCCGUCGAUCGCAAUAAGGUAUCACAGACAAUUGUCAAAAUCAAGCG